GGGAUGGAGUAUUUAUUACUCCGGAUUACGGAGUAUUAUUAUUUUUAGAGCAAACAAUCUACUUUUUCCGGUUAGUUUGAGUAAUUGUCGAAAUCUUGUCCAAAACUUUACCAAUCGGCGUUUCCGGCCGGGUUUCUCGCAGUCCGCCGACGUCAGCGGCCGGAGCCGUAUUUCUAGGCUUUCUACAUUUUUUGUUUUGCACUUUUGCGCAGCCAGGAUCCAGCUAGCUGCUGCAUGGUUAGGGAUCUAACGAAGCCUGUGCUGAUGAUCAGGUUCUGGUCUGAUUCACAUCGGUAACUGGUUACUUUUUGUAGUGAGUAGUUCUAGCUGUGUAUAUAAUUCUGCUUUUGCUGUUGAGGUUAAGCUGGAUCUUAGUUAGAUGCGAACAUUUUACUAAUUUCUGACAAACUGGAUUGUCUACUCCAUAUCUUGAACGUGUCGGUUCAUUUGAGUAUUGUUAAGUUAGAUUGACUGAAAUGUGAAAUAUCUUUGACUUGAGUUUGAAGAUCUUGCACUUCUCAGUGGGUUUGUGACCAGUGUCUUUUAAUGUAUACGUAAGUUUAGCUUUUGAUUUGUGUUAAGCUGAGUUGUUCUGAUUUCUUAUGAAAAUGCUGCAUUUUGGAAAUGCUAAAGCAAUGAAUAAUGCUCAAUUCAUUUCUCAAGGCGAUUAAGGCUUGUUGUUUUUUGUAAGUUGAUCCAUGCAAAUAAAGUUUAAACUUUCAAAUUAAUUCUAUGUAACAUAUGCUCAUUUGCAGAAGAUUCAGCAUGGUUGCUAAAGUAGAACUCUUAUAAUUUUCUUUUGGCGGACCCAAUUGAAGCUAAAGAUCCAUCUGUAAUGGGGUCAAACAUAGAGGAAGCACUUAGAGCUAAGGCAGAGGCUGAGAGGAGAUUUUUGGACAAUGACUUUGUGGGAGCAAAGAUGUCUGCUAUUAAAGCAGAAACUCUAUGUCCUGGUUUGGAUGGAAUAGCCCAAAUGGUUUUAACAUAUGGAGUCCAUUCUGCUUCCCAGAUGAGAAUUAACGGAGAGAUUGACUUGUAUGCAGUUUUGGGAUUGGAUCCAUCCGCGGAUAAGGCUAAAGUUAAAAAGCAAUACAAAAAGAUGUACAAUUUACUUCAGCCUGACAGAAACAAAACCAUUGGAGCUGACGGUGCAUUCAAACUUGUUUCUCAAGCAUGGGCAGUUCUCUCUGAUGUUGCUAAAAGAAACUCUUAUGACUGUAGGAGAAAUUCUUUCUCUCACCACACUUCCGGGAAAUCCAUAAACUACUCUAAUUCUUCAUCCAUGCCCCGCAACAGGCUUGAAACCUUCUGGACAGUGUGUACCUCUUGUCACGUGCAGUAUGAGUAUCUCAGAAAAUAUGUGAACAAGAGACUUUCUUGCAAGAACUGCCGUGGCGUUUUCAAUGCUGUUGAGACUGGAUUGGCCCCAGUGAAUGGAUCCUACCAAUAUUCCUCAUGGUCUUACGUCCCUGAGAAUGGGUUUGGAACACACGGAUAUGGGGCCCAACAUAAUGGUGUCUCCGGACACCAUUCCAGACAUGGUUUAGAGUAUGCUCCAAAUAUAUCUUUUACCCAAACUGCACAAGUAAAUGGCACUAUGGGGAAAAGGAAAAUGGAAAAGGCUGCCACUGGAUUUACCGUUUACACUGAAAAGCCCGUAAAAAAAAUGGGAAGGCCCGCUAAGAAGACGAAAGUUGAAAUUGGAAGUACUAGUGGAAAUAAUACUGCUGAAGAAGUGAAAGUGACCAAUGAAAAUGGAAAUCUGAAACAAAUUUCUAAGCUUCAAACUGCAAAUGACACCUCUUCUAAGCGGUGUUCCUAUUUUCCUUCUUUUGAUUCUAGAAAGUUAUUGAUCGACAAGGCAAGAACUGUAAUCCGUAGUAAACUGGAAGAAAUCAACUUGGCUUCUGCAGAGUUGGAUAAGAAGAAAAAAGAAUUUUCCGUGAUCCAUAAAAGAGUGGGUUCGGGAGACUUGGAGAAGCAUCCAUCAGAACCAAAGGCAAGUGCGGCCCUGGCAAUAACAGUACCAGAUUCUGACUUCCAUGAUUUUGAUAAAGAUAGAGCAGAGGAAUCCUUUAAGCCAAAACAAAUAUGGGCCUUAUAUGACGAGGAAGAUGGGAUGCCCCGCUUAUACUGUCUGGUACGAGAAGUUAUCAACUUGAAUCCAUUCAAGAUCCAUGUCAGCUACUUGGGCGCCAAAUCAGAUACUGAGUUCGGGUCAGUAAAUUGGUUGUGCUCUGGCUUCACGAAAUCCUGUGGGCAUUUCAGGGCAUAUAACUCGGAAAUAGUUGACCAGAUCAACAUUUUCUCUCACCAUCUGAGUAGGGAGAAAGCAGGCAGGGGUGGUUGUAUUAGAAUCUUCCCUAGAAGUGGAGAUAUUUGGGCUGUCUAUAGGAACUGGUCAUUGGAUUGGAACAGAUCCACUCCGGAUGAAGUAAGGCACCAGUAUGAGAUGGUCGAGGUUCUUGAUGAUUAUUCUGAAGAACUUGGGGUGCGUGUGGGACCAUUAAUCAAAUUAGACGGAUUCAAGACAGUAUAUAGACAGAGCCUGGAUAAGGAGUCAAUUCGCUGGAUCCCUAGAAAAGAGAUGUUGCGGUUUUCACAUAUGGUUCCUUCUUGUGUACUGGAAAAAAACCAUAAUAACCUACCAGAUGGACGCUGCUGGGAUCUUGAUCCUGCUGCAACCCCAGAGGAGCUACUCCAAGGAGGGGUAGAGGAGGCUAAAGGAGGACUACCAGUAAGCUCUUCCAGAAACAAUAAUGUAGGGACAGAAGGGAAGACUGGGGGGCAGCCAGAAAGCUCAGCUCUUUCAGGUCUGUCUCAUGAAUCCGUUAGUGAAGUUCAGCAGGUUCAAACUGAUAACCACAACCUUAAUGAACCGCCGGGCUUCCCCCAAAAUCAUUCUGAGCCACCUGGUUUCCCACAAAACUGUACUGAACCGCCUGGUUUCCCGCAAAUUCAUACUGAACCGCCUGGUUUCCCACUAAACCUUGCGGAACCGCCCAGUUUCCCACUAAACCCUACUGAACCGCCCGGUUUCCCGCUGAACCUUACUGAACCGCCCGGUUUCCCACUAAACCUUACUGAACCCCCUGGUUUCCCACUGAACCUUACUGAACCGCCCGGUUUCCCACUAAACCUUACUGAACCGCCGGGUUUCCCACUAAACCUUACUGAACCCCCUGGUUUCACGCUAAACCUUAGUGAACCAGCCGAUUUCUUGCAAAACCUCCCUGAAUUGCCCAGUUUCUUGCAAAACCAUACUAAACAACCCGGUUUCGGGCAAACCCUUUUCGAACCUCCCGGUUUUGGGCAUACCCUUAUUGAACCUCCCGGUUUUGGGCAUACCCUUAACAGACCUCCCGGUUUUGGGCAAAACCUUAAUGAACCGCCGCCUGGUUUCUCUAAUUUAUGGGAGAUUCGAAAUGAAAAUGGGGCUGUGAAACAGAACAAACUCAGAAGAUGAGUUUGACAGAAGUCUUAAAUGGAAAUUUCCCUCGGACAAUCGGAGAGAAGUGUGAUUUAACUUGUACAGAUUGAGGACAGGGAAUGAAGAAAUGUUGAGACAUUUAUAUUUACUCCCAAAGGUAGGCACGGGGACGGCUCUUAAUCUAUUUGAGAAUGUCAUAGUAAAAUUAUUUUAGAUUUAUGUACUAGUUUUGGCCAAUGUUGUAACAUGUGUGAUUAGUUGAGACUUAUUUAAGGGGGUCAGGAUCUUAUUUGGCUGUGCUUAGGAGCACAGCAUGGGUGCUGUGGAAAUGAUCCAUCCAAUCAAAUCUUUUGCUCGUUUUGUCAAUCUGAUUAAGAGUUAUGCAGGCAUGAUCUAGACCAUUGGUUUCCCAUGGUACCCACGCUGUGCUCCUUGACACAGCAGAAAAAUCCUCUCAGAAAAGAAGAAAAUCCCAUUGUACGUCCUACAAAUUUUCUAUUUGUGCCCCUCCAUGACCGCGUGUCAAAUUUGCAACUCACGACAUUUUAUAUACAUACCCACGCAAUUACCACUCACUUCUUUCUGGUGUACGGAAAAAAACUCACUUUCAAAUUUGGAAUUAGGAGUGGACUCGGGCCGGGCCAACCGGCCCGGUGAACCGGUUGGUUGCCCGGUUCGGGCCACCCGGCCCGGUGGAAUGGCGGUUCGGGCUCGGGUCCUUCAAUAGGUGAACCGGCCCGGCCGGUUCGGACCCGUGCCGGGCCAAUUUUUUUUUUUUUUGAAUUUUUUUU